GUAUAUAAAUCAUGGCUGCUCAGGAUAACGCACGUUAAAUGGAAAUAUUCAUCACAAAUCUAUGGGAUUACCUAAGAGCAUGGAUCUGCGCUACCUGCUGCUGAACAUUGUCUUCAUAUCCGUUGUUAAUGCGAUGCUGGCCUUUGGCAUUGCCAGCCAGGAUGAGCGACGCUGCUCGGUGGGGCGGAUUGAGAAAUUGAUGCGCAUUCGCUGCUACAACAUGGAUCUCAAGGAGGUGCCGCAGAACAUGAAGACGUCCGUUGAGGUACUGGACUUAUCGUACAAUCGCAUUAGGAAGCUGAGAAGUGGCUCGUUCCAGAGGUAUACCGAUAUUAAGUUUUUAAUGCUAUAUGAGAACAUGAUCUUAUCAGUGGAGCCGGGCACAUUUGCGCCGCUCACCUCGCUCCAGGAAGUUGAUCUGUCGAAUAAUGGUUUGACCACGAUUCCCAUGGAGCUAUUCUCGUUGCCCAGGCUGCGCAAUCUCUAUAUAGACAGCAACGAUCUGUGGCAGCUGCAUCAAGAUAUCGAAACGCUGGAGCGACCCAUUCGUGCACCGCUCGAAUACCUCAAUAUGGCCAAUUGUGAGCUGCACGAUAUACCCGAUCUGGGCAUACUGCCAAAUCUCUGGCAGCUAAACGUCUCGACAAAUCCAUUGACUAACUUUCAUAUCGAGAAGCUGGCCAAUAUGUGCCAUUUAAGGGUCAUCGAUCUGAUGCGAACUCAGAUCAAUUCAUGCGACUGCCAGCAGGUGACCAAUCAUCUAAUGGCGAUAGGCGCCAAUCCCAAAUUUGUGCCCGUUUGCAUGGAUUCGCUAGACAGCAGCGCGUGUCCACUGCCCUACAAUCGCACCGUUAACUCGGAAACAUUCCGUAGUUGCUUGGACAGCGUAGAGUUGGCCGAGACGCGCAGCCUUUGGCUCUUUGCCGCUGGCUGCUUUGGUGGCGUCAUCUUGGUGCUGUUGGUGUUCUGGUACUGCAUCCACAGAUGGCGCAAACGACGCGCCAAUCGACGUCUUAGCCAAUCGAUACAGAAUCGCAAACAUUUUGUGAUAUCGCCGCGUAAUGCAAUUAACAAUCGGCUGGAGGACGAGCCCCUGCACUGUGAUACUGCCUCAGCAUGACCCUAAGCCUACACCUAGUUAAGAUCGAUCUGUAGUUAGUUUAUAGUUAUUUAUUAGCCUAGCUCUAGUUACACCUAGUUUAGUAUACCACAGACUAUCUAUCGAAUUGCCAUAUGCCAACUACGUGUACCAAAAACUCUAGCAAGUGCCUCAAGUGCUCAAGCAAUUUAUGAAGUGUUCCAUACAUUUGAUUUAGAUUUUAAAGCUAUUUUUUUUACUUUUAUUUUGCAUGCGAUUUGAGCCAAGUGAAAUGCUGCCUUUUAGUAUAAGCAAGCGAACCCUCCAAAACGUAGUUGUAUGUAUAUAUUAUUUUUUAUCUGGGGGCGACAAUAAUCUAAAGUACACAUGCUAGUUAACAAAUGCCAAAACCACAUGUAUAUUUAAUUUUAAAUUCUUAUCUGUUAUUUAAUUAGCUAAAAUUUGUUCUAAAGUUUAUUCGCGAACUAAAUUCUAAGUUAUAUUUUAUGGCAUACUUUCGAGCGCACUUAAAUUUUAAGUAAAUA